AUGCUGGGUUCUAGAGCCAUCUCAUGGACAUCAAAGAAACAAGAGAUAGUUACUCUAUCAACUAUCGAAGCAGAAUAUAUUACUGCAACAACAUGUGUUUGUCAAGCAAUUUGGCUUAGGAGGAUUCUUGAAGGGAUGGAUUUUGUGCAAGAAAGGAAAGUUGAUGCUACUGUAAUUUACUGUGACAACAGUUCAACUAUCAAACUGUCCAAUAAUCUUGUUUUACAUGGAAGAAGCAAACACAUAGACAUGAAAUUUCAUUUUAUCCGGAAUCUCACAAAGGAUGAAGUGAUUGAACUUCACUACUGCAGAAUUGAAGACCAAGUUGCUGAUAUAAUGAUAAAUCCAUUGAAGGUGGAUGCAUUUCAGAAGCUUAGAGCAUUGUUGGAGUUGUUCAAGUUUAUAGGAAGUUCAGUUGAAAUCAAUAGACAUGGGCUAUAUGCAUCCAGAUUAAUAGGACUUAGUGGUUUAAGUUUGGAUGAAACUUUUAUAGUGUUGUUGUUGGGUGAAUGGAGAAAAGAGAGUGGAGAGGAAGGUGGUAGUAGGAGAAAAGAGGAAGAAGCUCGCAAUCUGGCAGCACAGAGAUCAGUUGUUAUAAUUAUCGACGAUAUACAGGAAAGAACUUUGGCUACUGAUUUGCUACUUGGAUAUUUAUCCACACUUCUUACAAAAAGAGCAGAUUUGAAGUUGAUAUUCAUGAGUAGUACAAGUCUUGAAUCUGAAAAGUUCAAGGAACAUUUCCAAGAACAUUAUCCUAGUAUUCAUAUUAUGAAAGUUCCUGGAAGGUUACAUCCUGUGGAAAUUGUUUAUACAAGUGAUGAAGAAGUUGAUAGGAAUAAUUACUUGGAUGCUGUUACAAAGACUGUGGUGAAUAUACAUAGACAUGAACCUCCUGGAGAUGUACUUGUGUUUUUGAGUGAAGAGGGAGAGGUAGAAGAUGCAUGCAACAAAAUAUCAAAAGAAAUAUGUAAUCUAAAGAAUCUUGUGGGUCCUAUGAAACUGGUUCCACUAUAUUCUUGUCUACCAGCAACAAUGCAACACAAGAUUUUUGAACCAUGUUCUGGAAGAAAGAUUGUGGUAACAACAAAUAUAGUAGAAUCUUCCUUAUCAAUGGAUGAUAUUUCGUAUGUUGUUGACUCUGGAUUUGUUAAGAAAAAGGUUUUUGACAAUAAACUAAAUAUGGAGUGUCUAGUAACGUCAACAAUAUCAAAAGCAAGUGCAGAUAUGAGGUCAGAGCAUGCUGGUAGAACAAUAAGCGGGAAAUGUUUUAGAGUUUAUACAGAAGAAAGUUACAAGAAUAAUCGUGAUCAAGAGAUAUGUCCUGAAAUUCUGAGAUUAAAUCUCGCCAAUAUGAUUCUCUCUUUAUGGAAACUUGAUGUAGAUGAUUUUUGGUUUUUUGGUUACGUUGACUUUCCUGAUGUUGAAUCUCUAGUGUGCGCCUUUGCAACAUUGGUGUACUUGGGUGCAUUGGAUCAACAUUGCAAGUUAACAAAUAUUGGUGAGUUUAUGAGUGUGUUUCCCUUGGAACCACAAAUGUCAAAGGUGCUAGCUGUUAGCCCUGACUUCAACUGUUCACAAGAGAUACUAUCAAUUUCUUCCAUGCUAUCAGGUUGGUCGAUUCAGCAGCAUCAUGGUCAUUGUACUACAAAUUAUCAAAAUAUUCUAAUAGUGAAGCAAAGGGUAUUCUUGAAAGAAUGUUGA